UGUCAAGGAAGAACAUGUCACUGCUCGUUUACCCAUUUGCUGUUCGAAACUUUCAGUACCAAUUUAACAGUGUUUCUGUGUGUUGCAAUGAAAACCUGCCUAUUCUUACUGGCACAAAUAGUUGUGCACGUCUUGUCGAAAGAAUCUCCUAAUGCAACAUGUGAAGAGGGCAGAUGCUGCGUGAACUUUUAUAAAGAUAAAUUCAACGGAUUUUGUGUUGAGUGUCCACUUGGUACGCAUGGAGUGAACUGUACAGGGACCUGUCCCCCUAAGUACUAUGGACAACUGUGCAAAAGCCUGUGUAACUGUUCCAUAUUCCAAUUCUGUAAUAACAAGUAUGGAUGUUUGGAAAAUGAAACAAAAAAUGGCAAUGACAACAUUUGGAAGUAUGUGGCCUUUACACUUAUCGGAUCCAUUUUCACCAUGGUUGUUGUUGGACUCGUAAUGUUAAUGAGAUCCUUGUUAGCUAAAAGAUGUAGUCUUUGGAGAGAAAUCCACGAGUCAAACGAGAAUGAAACAGGAAACCCCGAGGAAGAACAUAGAUAUGAAAGACGCAGAAGUUUACCAUCAACAGAAGGGGUAGAAAAUGAACAACCACGUGGUCAAGCUGAAGAAAACAACUACACAGAUCUAAGGCGCUCUGCUCUGUUUCCUAUCUAUGACAAUCCUGACGAGCGUAUGCCUUGUCCAAACUCUAACACGGCACCAGCUGAUGCCGCCAAGUCCUUGGCUCUAUGGGAUUUAUCAAUUGAUGGAGAAGAUGACAGUUCUGACGAGGAAGAGAGUGAAGAUGAAGGAUAUGGACAACUGUUUAAACACGAAAUGUAUAAUGUUUUGUCACUACGCAGGACAUAUCCUGACAAAUCUAUCCAUGUAAGACCAUUUCCAAACGAUGCAAUGAUAAACACCUCUUCAAAUGAAACUCCAGAUGGAUACCAAUCUAUUCAGCUAGCGACAUCCAAAGUCCCAGAAGAAGCAUCCAAAAAAUUGUCAAGAAGUUUGUGUGAGAAGGCAACCAUACGACAGAGCCUGAUAAGUGAAACAAUUGAAGAGUACAUUCAGACCUCAAAAGUCACACGAAAUCUUGACGUACAUGAAGAUGAAGUUGAACAACCGUGCAUGGUGAUUACAGGCAGUAACAGUGAAAUACAGAGCACUGGAAUCGACCAACCUUCGCAAAAGAAUACCCGGCCGUACAGUUUGGCCAAAACAAGCUGGUCCUCUGACUUAACGCAAGAUAAAAUUACAAUCGCUGAGAGCAUUGAUGAAGAUGAUGAUGAAAAUGAAUAUGAUGAUGUAGAUAACAAAGAUGUUGAUGUAAAUAAAAAAGGUGAUGAAAAUGAAUAUGAUGAUGUCAAUAAAGAAGAUAAUAUGAACCAAGAUGGAGAUGCAGAUAAAGAUGAUGUAAUAAAUGAUAAUGAUGGAAAUGAAGAUGAUGUAUAUGAAAAAUCUCGUCCAAUUACCCAAAGCAACAUGGGAAAUGAAACCUCAAAAGGAAAUAAUAUAAUACAAAAGUCAUGCAGAGAAGCUGAGUGUGAAAAUCAACCAGAGAAGACAACGAAGAAUGAAGAAUUUCCGGAAGUGUCUCUUACCGAUUCUCCGGACGAUAAUUCUCCGAACCAAGAAUAUACACAAGUUAUAAAGAAACGAAUGCUGUCAUCAACAGAAAAUAAAAUAUCAGAAAAAAAUCCAGCUGAGGUUGACCCUCUUUUAUCUAAGAAGACCACUGGUUUUUCAUCCGAUGAGAAAGUUUUAUCUGAGCUGUCAGGUUCAAGCCUUGUAGCAACUGAUGAAGGAAAUCUGAAGAGCAGUGCGGACAAAAACACGUCAGAAAAUGAUAUUUCAGAUAUAACAUACCGUUUGAUUAAUAUUACCACCAACCUUUAAUCUUGUGUCCCUCAUGUGGUGUUAAACAUCUUAAAGUAUGUUCUGCAAUAAAUCAUUGAAGUCAUUAAAGAAGAACUUAGACUAAACGUGGUAUACAUGUAUUUGUUGAAUUAUAAUAUCAUUUAGGUGAAAAACAUUUUCUCUUAAAAAAUUAAGAGUAUAUUGUUUUCUUAUUUAUUAUUGGUUUUAUUAUUAUUAACUGAUCGUAAACAUUGUUUAUUGCACUUUCCCAGCCAAAAAUCCCCAAAAUGUUGAAGUUUGAGCAAACACUUUACAUUUGUAGAUAUCAAUGAUGAUUUGACAAACACGACCAGUGCACAUGGUAUUGUUGCGUUUUCAAUGAAGGAAGCGUGACUUUCAGAUUUACAUGGGAACCUGCUAAAUAUAUAAAUAACAAACAGUAUCAUGUCCAUGUUUCCUUAUCAAACAAGUUUCUUCCAAUUUAAAAGCACGUGACUGCUGUAGAAUAUUAGGGAUAGGUUCUUUGACCUAUUGAGUAUUAGGAUUGAAUUGAGCGUAUGUGGCGUUACGUGAAAAAAUACACUUAUGCAAGUAUACCGUGUUUAAUUCAACUUGAAUCAACACCAGUUACUGCCAUAGAACUUUAUUUUCUAAAAGCUUCCUCCUUCAGUUUAGUCCGAAGUUUUACCCAUGCAACCCAUCUACUGAGGAAAACGUACACACAGUCAUCCAAUAUCGACGUUUCCGGAAUUAUUCUAUACUGUUAAAAUUUUAGAAAUCUACAAGGAAGCUAAAACACUGAACAUCAAGCUCUGCCAUCACAAACACUUCAUUUUUUCAGCCUCCUAUCGGAGAACCUACCUAAAAUAAAUGAACACACUUAUAUUAUAAGGAUUCCCGAGAGGUUGUGCAUUGUGAAUUUGUGAAUUUUAAUAAAAACCCUGCUGUAAACGAUUUCCCUGGGGAUCAAACAACAACUACCUGUAUUUGUUUGGUUUAAAUGUAUGUCAACAAAGCCUUUCUGAAAUCAGAUAAACAACGCUUUUUCAGUAAUUGUAAAUGAAAUUGACUACACUAUACAAACUCCAAACAUUAACAAAAAACCCUUAUAAGUUGAAAGCUCUCUUUUGAUAAUGAAAAAAUAUAUUAACUGUUUAAUAAAAUAACCAAAAUAUGACCAACGAUUCUUGGUUGGUUAGAAUCUUGAGGAUUUUUUUAUACCAUUUUUUAUGACUUGUUAAUAAAAUUGAGUUAAUAAAUAGGUCGGAACCUGUUUGUAUGCAGUAAAUUGUUCAAAUGGUUUGCUUGCUGGGGUAUACACGUAUAGUUUAAACCGAAUUUUCAAGUAGAGCUUAAACAUUGUAUUUAGUUGUCAUAUUAUUUCAUUUUUCAUUAAAAAUAAUUAUAUCCGUGCGUUCUAAAGAAAGUUUGGGUAUAUUAUUUCAUCCGUCCGUCUGUCACAUUAUACUUUUUCAAACUGCUGUUAUAUCCAUAAACCAGCAAACGAAGCUAUUGGAGUUUUAUUUGGCACAUGAUUUAAUUUUGUUUGUAAUAAUUAUAUAGACCACAUUUUCUAUUGCAUAAAAUGUUAAGAUUAUCGAUUAUCUUAAAAAAUAAUAUGCAAAUGGUGUAACCUAAAAUUUUACAUAAAGGACCGCUCAUUUGUAUUAUGAGAUGGGAUUUCAUCCUUUUUGAAUAUUGUGAUUUUAAAAAAAUACCGCAAAUUUUAUGUGGCCUUCAUUUUUACUAAAACUUGUACAAAUCCGUGUUAUUAAGGGGCAAACACUCGGAGUAUAACCUUCUAGUGACAGCAUCUAGUUUCAAUUGUUGAACUUUAAAGUUAUUAAGUAGAACUAAAUGAGUUACAGUAAAACA